CUUUCUUUCUUCCUUUCUUUCCCAUCUUUGAUCGCUGCACCAUCUUUGACUCAUUGGCAGAGUGGCUGUUCGAACUAUGAUGGGAAUCUUCGCACUACUUCUGACUCCUUUAAUCAUAGAAUUUCUUUCUUCAACAAUGGCUUCACCCCUUGAUCACACCUACAAUGUGGGUGAUGAUGUUCCCCUUUAUGUUAAUAGAGUUGGGCCCUUGAAUAAUCCCAGUGAAACAUACCAAUACUAUGAAAUGCCAUUCUGCAUCCCAGAUAAGGUGCUUGAAAAGAAGCAAUCACUUGGUGAAGUAUUAAACGGUGAUCGACUCAGCAGUUCAUUGUAUGAGCUGAAAUUCAAGUUGGACAAACCCGAGACUGUUCUGUGCCAAAAGAAGCUUAGUCAGAGUGAGAUUGCAAGAUUCAAGCAUGCUAUUGAACGUGAAUAUUAUUUUCAAAUGUACUAUGAUGAUCUUCCGGUUUGGGGAUUCAUUGGGAAAGUUGAAAGAGAUUCUGCUGGAAUGGGACCUUCCUAUUACCUCUUUAAGAAUAUUCAGUUUAAUAUUCUUCACAAUAAUAAUCAAAUCAUUGAGAUUCAUGCUUUUUGUGACCCAAAUAUCUCUGAAGAUAUAACUAAUGAUGUUGCAAUGGAGAUUAAGUUUACAUACUCAGUUUCAUGGAAAGAAACCUCUACUCCAUUCAAGAGCAGAAUGAAUAGGUACUCUGAGGCGUCAUUACUUCCAGCCCUCCGAAAAAUUCAUUGGUUCUCAUUUUCCAAUUCACUGGUCAUUAUUCUCCUCACUGGGUAUAUUUCUUUUUUAAUAAUGAAGAAAGUCAAGAACGAUUCUAGAAGACAUUCAGGUGGAGAAGAAGAGGAAGAUAAGGAAGUGGGUUGGAGAAACACACAUCGCGAUGUUUUCGCAUGCCCUUCAAAGAAAACCUUAUUUUCUGCUGUCUUAGGGACUGGUAGCCAGCUGUUGAUUCUGGUUGUAGUACUAUUUGCUUUGUCAUUCAUGGGGAUACUCUACCCUUAUAGCCGUGGAUCCCUCCCUACCUCUCUAGUCUUGGUUUUUGCUCUUACAUCUCUUGUGGCCGGCUAUAUCUCUGCUUCCUUCUAUUGUCAGUUUGUAGAAACUGGAUUGGUAAGAUGUGUACUUCUUGCUGGGAUGCUAUUCCUUGGUCCUGUUUUAUUUAUCAUCUUUAUUCUCAAUCUAGUGGCUGCAUAUAUUGGGGCCACUGCUGCACUUCCAUUUCGCACCAUAGUGGUUGUUACUCUUGUUCAUACACUGUUGGGGAUUCCUUUUCUUGCUGUGGGUGGGUUGCUUGGCUACAGUUUCAGGUCUGCCUUUGUUGCACCUUACCCUAAGAAAAGCCAGAAAGAAGUUCUUUCACUGCCGUGGUACCUGAGAACCCCCGGUCAAAUGUUUAUUGGAGGCCUUUUAGCUUUUAGUGUUAUAAUUUCUGAGCUACACCAGUUGUAUGCAAGCAUCUGGGGCUACAAGAUUUACACAGUUCCCAUCAUCUUGUUUAUCACAUUUAUCAGCCUUAUCAUGGUCACUGCAAUCUCGAGUGUAUCUUUGACAUACUUUCAGCUGAAGGUGGAAGAUUCAAAAUGGUGGUGGAGGUCUGUUCUUCGUGGCGGCUCGGUCGCAAUCUUUAUGUUCCUUUACAGUAUCUACUUCUACGCCAAGUCAAAUAUGAAUGGUUCCUUCCAAGCAGCCUUCUAUUUUGGGUACAAUGCUUGUUUGUGCUUUGCAUUUUUCCUAAUGCUGGGUACAGUGAGCUUUUAUGCCUCCUUGAUGUUCGUACGCCGCAUGUACCCUGCUGUCAAGAGUGAAUGAGUACCAUUGUUUAUGCAUAUGUGAAGCAUUGCCGAUUUCUGUGAACAUCAAGUUUCUUCGAAGGAUACUCAUUUGGCCGAGAACAUGGAAUGGAAAGCUAACUUGUGGCAUGUUUCUUCACAUGGCUUUAUGCAUUCGACUAGAGUCUAACUUAAGGCUUGUUUCCUUUUCGAAAACUCGGAGCAGUUAACACUUACCGUUCAUACUAGUUACCGGGAGAUAUGAAACUUGUAAGUAGGCUAAGUAGCCAACUAGGGAUUAUGCAAAAAUAUAUCUCCAAUUUCUCCUCAUUUUAAUUUUCAGUAUAACAAAUUUUGUAAUUGAGUAAUCUUACUACCAUUUACCUCUAACGUUACAAAUUUUAUGUGACUGAUCUCGGUGAGAAUUGAACUCUCGAC